UCUUCGAGUCAGCAGCUUGGAAAAGGGAUUAAUGGUAUUGGAGAUGCUGAUACCAACUUCCAUAUCCGUGAGAGCAGUCAGAUGAUAGAGCAACACCGAUCUGGUUUGGUCAAUCAAAACCACGAGUUAAAGCAAGAAUAUGAAUCUCAUCCACAGCACAAUCCAUCUCAGGACCUUCGUCAAGCAGAUCAACUCUGGGAGAAUCCUUCCUAUGUUCUUCAAGGAAGUAACUUGCAGUCUAAAAACAAACCUAUUAGCAGUGAACCAGAAAUGCCGCAACCUCAGUAUUUGGAAAUACAGAAGACGAGUAGCCAAUGUGCUCAUGGAACGGAACAGCCUGUUCACCCUGUGAAUCAUGGCCCUAAGGAAGUACAAGUUUGUGAAUUGCUUCGUGUCUUGAUAGCCCAAGUUGACAAAGAUAGAGAGAAGCAUCUUCGUACCCUGUUUUGUAAAUUCAAGAGGAAAGAAUUGACAAAGGAAAGCUUCUUACGAUAUGUGAGGGAUGCUGUAGGUGAUCAAAUGAUCAGAUUGGCAACUAGGAAUCUGCUUCAGUCAGAACAGGUAUCUAAUGUUCCAAUGAAACAGAGCAAUGGUAACCCAAGGACGUCAACUGAUGACUUGGGGAAGCAGUCUUCUAAAAUGGUUUUAUCCACAUCGACCACCCAUGAAAGCUUUGUUUCUCCGUCAAUGAAAACACAGAUGGACUCUAGCAUAAUGGUUAAUAUCCCUGCCCCAUCUCGGACCAUUAAUGUUAGGACGACACCCAAAAUGCCUUAUGUUGGUCAGAAGAAACCUUUUGAGGCACUAGGUUCUUCGCUGCCACCAUCGAGCAAGAAGCAAAAACUACGUGGGGAUUAUGAUGAUCGAAGUAUUGAACAAAUCAAUGAUGUCACUGCACUCAUCAAUCUUCAGGAAGAAGAGAGAAAACUAUUAUACUCUGGGGCUAAAGAGGACAGUCGUGUUUCUAAAGCAUCUCGAAGAGCUGUGCAUGAAGAGGAAGAAAGGACGAUUUUGCAGAAAAAUCCACUGCAGAGAAAGCUAGCAGUAAUUAUGGCAAAAAGUGGUGUAGAGCAUAUAAACGAUGAUGUCGAACAGUGCUUGUCUCUGUGCGUGGAGGAAAGGAUGCGUGGAUUGUUGUCUGAUAUAAUCCGAAUGUCAAAGCAGCGGACUGAUGCUCCGAAGUGUAGAAAUCGAACUUGUAUCACAUCUGAUAUUCGGAAACAAAUUAAUGAAAUGAAUCAGAAGGUCAAAGAGGAAUGGGAAACGAAACAUGGUGGAAAGCGUCAGAACGAAGGAAAUGAUACUGCAAAAGAAGAUACUCGUUCAGAACAAAUGAAGGAACAAGAUGAAAGGAGAAUUAAGGUUGCAAAUGUUGCUGCCCUUGCAUCCAUUGGAGGAGAUAAUCCGUUUCUAAAAUGGAAACUUAUGGUAGAAGCACGUCAGAAACUUUCUUCACGGUCAGAAAUAAUCUCCAAGAAUGAAACUGGUGAGCCCGAUUCUAUGAUCUGGAAAGGUGGUAGAAGAUUUGGGAAGAACCAAGGUUCACCAAAAGUGGCCCGGUCAAUAUCUGUGAAGGAUGUGUUUGCUGUGGUGGAAAAAGAGCCUCAGAUGUCUAAAUCGACGCUACUGUAUCGCUUAUACAACAGAAUCUGCUCGGAUGUUCCAACCCAAGAGAAGACAUAGAAACAUUUGUAAGAGAAAAUAACCAGAUUCCGAAUCUUUUUAACACUCUAUUUUCUUAUUCCAUUAAAAGUGAUGCCAUUACAAACU